AUGAGCUACAAAGAUCUUCAACCGCCAGAACUGAAGACUCUGCCGGAGUUCAUGAGGGCCCCGAGCCCGCAGAUACGGUUCCACUCUGCGUUUCCGCCCCUCACAACCACUAAGAGAGUGCGCUCGGUGAUGGAGAGAGCGGGUUUUGACGUGUAUCGUCCAGACCGUCCCCGAUCCUCAGGCAACCGCUCGACGCCCAAUCUGAACACCCACAGGAACUUCACGGCGCCCGGCACGCUCGCCACACAGCGCCACCACGACUCAGAUCCGCAGAUCCAGCACAAGAUGAUGAUGAAGGAUGGGGACAGGAGUACAACCUCGCUGCCCCUUGACGCCAGGCCUGACCAUCUCAAACAAAGAACCACGUCCGCCGGGGCGUCGUUCCCAGACACACACAGAGACCCUCUGGCCAACUUCCAGCUGGGAGACGCAUCCGUGCACACCAGCAGAACAGGCUCUUUGGGGCAGACCUCCAAGCUGCCUUCUGCCGCAGAUCGUGCCAGCGCACACAGCGACAGUUCCUCCAGACGGGCCAGGGGCCUAUCUGGCAUGUCGCAGGCAUCAGAGAAAUCCGGCAACUCUCUCAAUUUCGGACGAAAGCCCAUGGUUCCGCAAAUCGUCACGUCUCCUGCAAGCUCGCCGAUCCAUAGCACGCCACCUCAGCCGCCAACAGACGUACUGGCGACCCCUCCUCUGAGGCCGUCGUCGUUGCAGCCUAGCGAUACGCCGCUGUCGAAGUCCACCAUGAACACGACGGAGGAGGAGUUCGAGGACGCCAAUUCGUCGAUCGACGCGUUCGACGCCAAGUUCGAGGCUGAGAAUGACGACUCGGUGGAGCAGCUGCUUUCUAUGCGCAAGGAACUGUCGCCAACGCAAAAGGUCGAUCUUCAGAUCCCACAGCUGGCCCCAAGACCAACAGACAGCAUGGCAUCGUCCAUAUACAAUGCCCAAGACAUCCAGAGGCUGAAUGAUAUGCAGAGCCCGGAGUUCAAGGUGUACAACACACAGGAGGAGGACCGGAAGAACGACAUGUCGACGAUCCAGGAGGACACAGAGUACGAUGAUGGCGUGUCACAGGUGACCAACAAGCUGUCCAGACUGGACACCAGUAGCCAGAACUCGGUCAAGUCUCCAGAAAGGGCUCCCUCUGUAGUCAAAUUCAGCCCGGGCGAAGGACCGUGCAGGAAAUGCGGGCUGGCAAUAGCAACGGGCCAGAAGUCGAUCUGGUCCAAGGACCAGCAGUUGUCUGGCCAGUGGCACAGGAAAUGUUUCUCUUGCAUCACGUGCUCGAAGCCGUUCUCGAAAGGCGAGUCCUGCUACGUGCACGAGGAUUUCCCGUACUGCGAGCUGCACUUCCACGAGAAAAACGGCUCGUUGUGCACGUUUUGCGGACAGGGAAUCGAAGGCGAGUGUCUGUCGAAUGAGCAUGGCGAGUUGUUCCAUGUGCACUGUCUCAGUUGCUCCGAGUGUGGAGUGACGAUCAGGACCGAUUACUUUGUGUUCCAGGACAAUAUUCUGUGCGAGAACGACGGAGCAAAACUACUAGCGGAGUCCGGCGGCUUGGACGAACGCACAGCAAGAAGACACACCCGGUUGCUGUACUUAUAA